AUGGCGACAGUAUCCGAGAUCGCAUUGGCACAUAUUCUGAAACAUAUCCCAAGUUCUAGACCGUCAGUCACAAAUUCUUCACCUCUCUUUGUCGCAAUCCAAGGUCCUCAGGGCAUUGGCAAAACGACACUCUGUACGGCGCUCGUCAACCGCCUUCAAAGCGCCCCCCAUGAUCUUCGUGUCGUCAGUUUCUCGAUAGAUGACUUGUACUAUGGACACGAGGAGAUGCGGAAGAUAGAGCAACGUAAUAAAGGUAACGGGAUGCUAGCCGGAAGAGGAUUACCUGGCACACACGAUAUCGCUUUGGGCGCACAGAUACUACAGGGUUUAAAGAAUAUUAACCACCAAGAUCAGGAGAACAUUCAAGUUCAAAUUCCUGUAUACGACAAGUCACGCUUUGCAGGUCUCGGCGAUAGAAGACCUGUGAGCGAAUGGAGCACUAUCAGUGGAGGUGUAGAUAUCGUGAUCCUUGAGGGAUGGUGUAUGGGGUUUUACCCACUCCCGCUCGAGGACCUCCGUGGCCUCUGGAAUCGCAGAGAUCAAAUCGGGUUUCCCCCAUCUGUAGUUCUAGAGGGUGGAUUCGACGAUAUCAAAACAAUAAACGAUAAUUUGACACAGUAUGUCGACAAGUGGUAUCCUUACUUUCAAUGCUUUGUCCAGAUUGCACCAUUGGAAGAUCAAUGCAGUGUGAUAUACAAAUGGAGACUGCAACAAGAGCAGACUACAAAGGCGCUCCACGGGCAAGGUAUGACGGAUGAAGAGGUCGCGCGUUUCAUCGACAGGUACAUUCCGGGCUACAUUUUCUUUGGCCAAGGUCCACGACGAGGAUCUGGGUCUGCACAAGGGGUUCCUCCAUGGACCGGCAGUGGUUGUCGAAUUCUGGUGAACGAGGAUAGAGUACCGUACCGUACAGAGCAGUUCUAG